CAAAAGUUCGGAAAAGUUUACGACUCUUUCGUUCCGUUCGGAGAAAACGGCGAAUCCUUUCUCAACGAAGAGACGACCGUAAAAGAGGCCAUUCGGCGGUCACUGGAGGCCGAGGGGGAAGAGGAAGGCGACCAAAAGGGCGAGGCGAACGCGCUGUCGGAGGAGAGAAGGCGUUUGGAGGCGGAAGUCGAGAGACAGGCGCUGAGACUCGAGAACGCCAUUCAAGAGGUGAUCGCCGCCGAAGACGACGUCGAAGAGGAGGCGGAGAGGGGUUCCCCUCCAACUCCCGUUCCUAAUGUGGAGUUUGUGGACAACGGGCGGACUGUUGCCAUGACGACGACGACGACGACAGCGGAGACGCAUUCGGAGCCUCUUUCGGGACAACAGUCGGCGGAAGACAUGAAAAAGCGUUCGGAAUAUCUUCGCCAACAAAGAGACAAACUGUUGGCCGUGAAGAAGCGCGAGAGAGACAAAAUCAUCCUUCGCGUGCAGUCCGACGAAGAGAAGGCGCGGCGGCCGAAGAGCGCGCGCGCAAUGCGAGCGCCGGAAACGGAAGUGACGGACGACUCGGCGCUCGCUUUCCGGCGCUCUUUAGCCGCGAGACUCAAAGCGGAAGUCAUCGAA